CUGCUUCGAAGUGUAUGGCCAUGGCCAGCAACGACCUAUUCUCCUCUUUGAUUUCAGACAUCAAGUCAUACUCUGGCAAAGACCCUCUACUUCCAUGGCUCCGAGGGAUUCGGAAAAUGAAAGACUCGUUGCCCUCUCAUCUUUUAAACGAGAAGCUCCCUCGAUUCUUACAGAAAUGCGUCGAGAAGUUCGAGUCCGAUCGGCGUUAUAGGGACGAUUUGCGGUACCUUCGCGUUUGGUUACAGUUGAUGGAUUACGUGAAUGACCCAAAUGCGCUGUUGAAAACUAUGGAAGCAAAACGCAUUGGAGCGAAAUCUUCUUUGUUCUAUCAAGCAUACGCCUUGUACUACGAGAAGCUUAAGAAGUUUGAUGAUGCUGAUAAAAUGUACCACUUAGGAGUGCAGAAGCUUGCUGAACCUAUUGAUGAAUUACAAAGGUCAUACGAGCAGUUUCUUCAUCGCAUGAAAAGACACAAUUACAAGAGAGUCCAGCACCAGCAAGGAAGAACUUCAAGGAGGCAUCUGUCUGAAAAAAGCACUUCUAAUCGUGGUGACACUGAGGCAAACAAUACUAGUAUCAUCAGAGCGGAGAUUCAAGACAAAGGAAUUUUUCAGGAUGGACCUUUAGCUGUAACAUUAAUUGAUAGUAGAAAUGAAACUGAGAAGAUGCCUCAAGAUGUAGCAGAGAGAGAAGCAGAUGAAUCUAGGAUGUUUAAGAGCGAUGAUACCGUUGUUGUCAAAUUUGUUGAUAGCGCCAUAUAUGGGAAAUCUGAAGCUGCAGAAGAUCCUCGUCACCUUGGUUUGGUGGAACCAACAGUCAAUAUGAAAGAGGCAAUGAAUGCAAUAAAUAGUAUGUUUGCUGAACCGCUAGAGAUGGCUUCUGUUGGUAGGGGAGGGUCACAUAGAAGCCAUCCAAAGAAAGAUAGCAACUUAAAUGGUGGAUUUGAGGUGUUUGUUGAUGAGAACCUUGAUAACAAAACUGAACUGGAAAAGCAGGAGAGAUCUACAGUCCCACAUCAUGGUAGUAUAUCCCAACCCCGCCAACCAGAACAACCGCCUUUUAUGAUUUUUGUGGAUGAUGAAGCAGGUGGUGAGAUUGGCAACACAAGUUAUGAAAAGGAUGGUUCAAAAUCGAGCGAAUCACGAGAUUUUGUGGGAGGCUCUACAACAUCUGCUUCACGUGCAAAUGCAUUUGUGUUUCCUUGUGUGGAGAAUCUCGAAGAUGUCGAUGAUCCUGAUAUACAAGAUCCUAUUCAAGCAAAGUUUAGGGAAGAUACAAUUGUUUGUAGGUUUGUUGGUACUGCCAUUUCUCAUGAGCCAGAGGUGGAGAACAUUUGCCACCAUGGUUUAGUAGAGCCAACAGUUAACCUGAAAGAAGCCAUGGAUGAUAUCAACAACAUGUUUGGGGAGCCCAUUGAAUUUGUGAGGACUGGGAGAUCGAAGAAGCAUGCGAAGCCACCAGAAGUGCGUAAUGAUUUUGGUGGGUUCUCAAUACUUCCUGAUGAUGAUUUAGAACCUGUACAGGCUCAGCCUCCAGUAAAAUCAUCAGGAAAAUCAAAAGAACGUGAUUUGUUUGAGCCAACAGUAUUUACUAAGGAGGCCAUGGAUGACAUAAACAAAAUGUUUGGAAUGCCUCUUGAUUUUUAGGAGCAGUAGGCUAUGUUUCUGCUUGAAUGUUCUGCUUCUGAUGGAGAUGUAUUACUAGUUUGUACUGUAAUUUUGAAUAUGUAGAUUUUGAUUUGGUGGAUUUCUCAUAACUUGUGUAUUAUAAAAUACUUAAGUUGGGAGUUAAAUUUAUCUUGAUUUGAGCUUUA